AUGUGUGGCGUGGACGUAGACCUGGACGAUGGCUCUGGGGAGGAGGAGAAAGAGGAGGAGAUCUGGGUCGGGGAGGGGGUGAAGAUGCUGCCCCCCCCAGUGGCCCACAGUGGGGGGAGUGCGUGGGGUAGCCGCAGAGGCAGGUGUGGGUGCCUGGCCUGGGGCAUCUUGCUGUUGAUGUGGGACCUGUGCAUUGUGGUCGCCUGUGCUCUACUCCUGGCUUUGGUGUUUGCUGUGGUGCUCCUGCCUGCCAUGCUGCUGCUGUACGCCGGCUUCCUCUGCCAUUCAAGA